AUGAGUGAGAACAGACAUAGCGACGACGGCCGCGUGACCGCGUACGAGCUGUCGUUUCUGGAGUCGCCAUGGGAUUCGGGUUGCUGCCCGUCAAUGCAGGGCUAUCCCGGUGCGACGUUCGAUCUAGAUAGGCGCCAAGGUGUCCCCUAG